AUGAUUAAUGAAUCAUCAAAGACAGCCUUGCCCAAUAACACAACCUCUCAUUUGAAAUGCUCUCAAAACAAAUUAAAAAACCCAUCAUCAAUAUCAUCUUCUUAUAAUUCCACGUAUAUCGAUGCAAAUGACGAUGUUAAGGACUCUAUGGUUUUACAAACUGUAGAAGUAGAUUCUAUACUCGAUCUUACAAGAGAUGCUCGUAUUGCUUCCCUACGCAAUAACUCUGGCUUAUACAAAUUACCUUCCAACGACUCCAUUGCAUCUUUCACAAAUAAUAACGUUUCUAGUCCUUUGACUCCAAGCAAAUCAUUUAUAAAGGCAAAUAACCAUUCAUUUGGUAAAUACAUGGUCCAAGAUUAUUCUCCUUAUAACACAUCGACUCCUCAAACGAUACAAACUCCCAUGAUUCGUUCGGUAAGAACAAAUUAUUUAAGACCAAAUAUGAGAUUCACAGGGUAUCAAAUAUCAGGAUAUAAGAGAUAUCAAGUUUCCAUUCUUCUAAAAACAGUAGAUCUACCUUCUAAUAACGUAACGUAUGAUUAUUCAAACCCACAUCUUUCAGGUUACCUUUCUAUCAAGGGGUUGACCAACCAAUACCCAGAAAUCACUACAUUUUUCGAAAGUUUUGUCAUUGAUCAUGUCAAUCUUUCGUUUCUAUCAAAUACUUGGAAUAGUUAUCCAAAUUUGAAAAAUUUCACAUCUUCUAUAUCAAAUGAUUUAGAUCAUUGGUUCAAUUUUACUUCUUUUAAAAAUUUGGUUUCUCAAUUGAAUUUACCAAACCAAGUUUCUGAUCUAAUAGAUUCUUCAUACGUUGAUAAAGUUUUGCGUGAAAAGACGUUGACUUAUUUGGAUAAUAGAUUUAUCUUCAUGAGAUGGAAGGAAAAAUUCCUAGUGCCAGAUUCAGAGAUAGAUAACAUAGAAGGUGCAUCUUUUGAAGGUUUUUAUUAUAUCGUCCAUGAUCAAUAUACAGGUAACAUUAAGGGAUUUUAUUAUCAUAAAGACGCAGAGAAAUUCCAACAAUUGGACUUGAUUCCAGAUUUCAUCGACGACAAGGGCGGUAACGAAGAUUACGAGUUUGCUUAA